CAUCAAAGCAUUUUCUUUUACGACACACUGUAUUUGUCGGCGUCACAUCGCCUCUUCUUUUGUUUAUAAAAACUAUUUAAUUGCCGGUACCGCAAAGAAAAUAUAUUUUUUUGUUUAUACUAUGGAUUAUUAUUACUAUGAUGAACAUAUACACGAAAACGAUGCGGAGGACGAUUAUGAAUAUGACGCGACAGCGGAAGAAACCUUUGCGGACGUAUGCAAGGGAUGUAUUAUCCAGACAACGCAGCAAAUCCAACAAUAUAUCAUCAUCUUGCUAGGAUGUGGUCUGCUCCAUCGUAUGCUGUGGGAACUAAUAAAGCGUGUUCGGGAAAUAAAGAUGGCAUAUCAUUUUUUAUCGAUCGGUUGUGGAUUACUAAGUUUAUGGCUCUACGUUGGUCCGUCCACAGUGUAUAUUGUUGUUAAUAUCCUAAAUAUAUGCUCCUUUGUUCGAAUACUCUACGCACUGCAACGUUUAAGGCACAAAGGUUUGUGGUCUUGUACAUAUAUAAUUUUUAGUCAACUUUUGGCCGAGUUGCUGUUGAAACACGAAAAAUUCGAGACAAUACGUGGUCCUCAAAUGGUGGUUAGUAUGAAAAUGAUAUCGGUCGCCUUCGAAAUCCAGGAUGGCCGUGAGACAUUCCAAUGGAUUCCAAUUAUAGGGUAUUUGUGCAGUCCAUCUUCUUUGAUACUUGGUCCUUGGAUUCCUUAUAAAAUGUAUAAGGAGCAUAAUAAGACUAGUGCAAAAACUGUAAAGCAGAUUUUGAACAUAAUAUUCUAUAUUGUGUUGUCCGUUUUGCAUUUGAAUCUCUCCAAUUGUUUGUUACCGUGGUUGAAACAACUUUGGAAUGGCGGAUUAUGGUAUCGCACGUACCUGGAUGCAAUGUCUGUUCGAUGUAGUCAUUAUUUCAUUAGCUAUCUUUCACAUGCAACCCUAUUGUGCAAUACAUGGGCACAUUCCUCAUAUUUGACAAUAUCUUCUGGGCCAUUUCGAGUUGUAAAGCCUUUUGAAAUCGAGUUCCCCCGAUCGCUUUCAAUGGCAAUACGCCAUUGGAAUAUUCCCAUGCAUGUGUGGUUGAAAUCGACCAUCUUUCAGCGAGUACGUUCAUCAUAUGUUUUUGCAAUACUUCUCACCUAUUUGGUAUCCUGCCUAGUACAUGGAUUUAAUUAUUUGGUCUAUUUAAUACUCAUGUCGUUGGGUUUAUUUAGCUAUUUUGAAAAUAAACUGCGGCGCACAUUGGCCCAAGUAUUUAAUGCCUGCAUAGAAGCUACACCCUGCCGUAAUAGUUGUAAAUACAAGCAUUGUCCCCGUAAUAGUCGUCUUCCCUGGUAUACUACCCCUUGCCUAGUGGUACGUUGCGUAAAUUUUAUUUUCGGUCUUAUUUCCGUUGUACAGCUGGCCUAUUUGGGUGUUAUGUUAAAUUCGAACAAUUCAACGGCAGCCCUACUAGAUAAUUUGUUGGUCUGGUCGAAUAUGAAAUUUUUUGGACAUUGGCUAGCAUCAGCAAUGGCUUUAUUUUAUUUCACCAUUUGAGUCUUACUUUUCCCGAAUUUAUAUCUGUGUUAAUCUUGCCACUGGCACUGUGUACUUACUAUAGAUCCUUAGAAAAUAAGCUAUGUAAUAGUAUUAAGAUUAAUACUUGUUAAACAAAUUUUUAUACAUAUAUUUAUACGUGAACGUAAUGUUAAGAAAAUAAUAAAAAAAAUGUGUUUAUAAUUUUUUACUGAGUACUAUACAAUGUCAAUUUUAGAACAAUUUAAGGCGAGAGGUGUAUCGCGUUUUACUGUAGUAUGACAAAAAAAAAUGGGUUGUUGUGAAGAGGUGACUGAAUAUUAUUCGUUAAUGCCAAAUCCAUAAGUUGGGAUCAGUAUUUUUCU